AUGGUACUACACGGCAAGGAUAAAGCACUUGAACAAAUUCCUAAAUCAUCAAUUGCAUUUAUGAGUAAAAUAACCAAAGUUCAACGUGGUAUAUCAUCGGUAACAAUGCCACCUAAAGAUCAUUAUACAAUCCAAUUUGAUCAUAAAGAUAUGCGAACAUUACGUGGUCGUGUCUAUGAUACUAUGAUUGAUUUUGAAUAUUCACAAUUAGGAGAAGGUAUUGUAUCAGCAACAAAUGAUAUAUAUCGUGGAAUACGCAAAGCUCAAGUACAAAUUCCGACAAUUGGUCAUCUUUAUGUCGCAUGUCUUAAUGAAAAUACAAAAGAAAUUACAUAUUUAAUAGCAGUCAAUCGAUUUGAAGCUGAUGAUAUAGUUAGACGUUUAAAUCUUACACAAGAUCCAAAUUGA